AUGAACUUUUGCGCUAUUUUUCUUCUGUUUCUGACCGUUUUUGUGACAGGUUUGAUUGAUAUCGUUGAAAUAAGUGUUCUAAUGAAGCUCAGCAUUUAUAGGAAAAUGAGAAUUUUUUUCAAGAAACUUCCUGAGAAUAGGAUAGUCUCAUUUUUCAUAAAUUUUUAUAACUGAUCCUGGAUUUUUUUGUUUUUUUCAGAAGUUCACAUGAUCAAUACACGAAGUGAUAACUUCAAAAUAUUGAAAUUUGACUAUUUUUUUCCUUUUUGAAAAAUGCUCCAGAUAAACAUAAUAGACCUCAUUCCUUACAAGGAUACAAAUUUACUGCAUUUUUUUAAAUUUCCAAAAAAACUUUUUCAAAUUUAUUUUUUUCAGAACUAGCCGCUCACCGCGGUGGAUAUGGGCCACAUGGCGGAUUCCAUCACGGGUUAGAAAUAGAAUAAAAUUAAAUUAAAACUUGAAAAACAUGAUUUCAGAGGCUACGGCGGAUUUCAUCGAGGGUAAGGAGGAUUCGAAUGAAAAAUCCAAGAAAUAUAUCCAAAAAAAAUUUUUUUUCAGAGGCUACGGCGGUUAUCACCACCACCAUCGUCCAAUGGGUUUAUUAUUAUUUUUUUAUGUAAAAAAAAAUUCCAAAAAUCUUCCUAGCGCUUCAAAAUAGCUUUAGUUGGUGAAAUCUUAUCGGAAAAAAAUUAGGGUGCCAAAAAAAACAAGAUCAAAUAAAGCACCAGAAGAGUCUGAAAAAUGUUUUUAAUUUUCAAAAAAAAGAUAGAAAAAAGGAGUUUCUUGAAUGAAAUAUGGAAAUAACUUUAUGAAUUUCUUUGAGCGUUACAAGUGUAUAUAAAAAUAGGAUUUAUUCAGGAGGUUACUACGGUUACGGUAGGAGAUGGGGUGGCGGCUACGGACCUGGGAUUCUCGGUGCUUUAGGGGCAGGAAGUUUGUUUGAAUUCGUUCGAGUUUUGAAGUUUUAAGGCUUCAAAUUGAAUUAAAAACUUGAGAGACAAUAUUGGUACCAAAAAUAUUUAUUCGGCAAAAAAACGUGAUAAGUUGACGCUGGAUGGGCUAUAACUUCCAUGAAACAGUUCCACUAAUAUAGUCAAUGUUUCCCGACUUGAAAGGCGAGAAGGGCGGGGCGCGUAGCGUGUGCGCUCGCGGUUCUUGGCACGUGUUCAAUUCAAACGCCAUCGACUCUUUGAAAAGCCGGUUUUCCGCUUUUUUCAUUCCUUUUUCAAUUAUUUUUUGAUUAUGUUCAUGUGUGCAUCAAAAAUAGUAGAAAAAAUUGAAAAAAAGCGGUUGCCGAGCUUUCUAAAUAGUCGGCGGCGAAUGAAUUGAUCUCGUUCCAAGAACCGCGAACGCACACGCUACGCGUCCCGCCCCUUGCCCCGCCUCCUUCGCCUUUCAAGUCGGGAAAAAUUGACUAUACUUUAAUUUUCGAACUCACAAACGCAUCGCGAACGCUACACACGUGAAUCGCAAAAGAAUCACACCGAAUUUCCAAUUUUCAAGAAAAAUGGAUGAAACUCGGAAUCCCCAAAAUUUUAAUUUCAGUUCUACUCGGAGGCCUGGCUAAUCAAGCCGGAUACGGUUACGGUUACGGUUAUCCACCUUAUCAACCUUAUUACGGUCCUUAUAUGGUAAGUAUUCGAGAAACUUUUUUUUUUCAGUUUCAACCUUCUCAAAAACUUUUAAAUCGUGAAAAAGUUUUCAAAAAAACUCGAAUAUCUCUAAAAAAAAAUUUUUUUCAGGAGCCCUACUACUACCGGUAA